AGGGUAAUGGAUCGACAGUUUGACAACAACACUACUUGAAUUUCUUCAAUUCAUUCGCCUAAGAAAGCAAGCGCCACAUGGAAUAUUAUGAGCUGAUGGGGUAUGUUUUACUUUUAUUCAUAUGCAUUCAAUGGGUUAAACAUUGUCACCGCAUACGCUUGGAUGAGCUCCGGUGGCUACCACCAGGACCAACACCAUGGCCAAUAGUCGGAAACAUAUUCCAACUGGGCUUUGUAAAGAUACCCCACGAGUCGUUUGUCCAACUGGCUCAUAUUCAUGGCCCCAACAUCAUGACCCUUUGGCUAGGCUCUAUGUGUACGGUGGUCAUCUCCUCAAAUGAGGCUGCUCGUGAGAUGUUCAAGAACCAUGAUGUGGUGCUCGCUGGUCGAAAGGUCUAUGAGUGCAUGAAAGGAGAAUUUGGAGACGAAAUAGGUUCCAUGAUAACUGCACAAUAUGGGCCAAAUUGGCGACUAUUGAGAAGGCUUAGUACCACUGAGUUUUUCUUGAACAACCGCCUAGACGCCACAAGUGGCAUCCGUAGUAGAUGUAUCAAUAAAAUGGUGAAGUCUAUAUACGAUGUUAGUGGUAAUGAUGGCACUAGCAUUGAUGUUGGUAGGUAUUUUUUUUUGAUGGCAUUUAAUUUGAUUGGGAAUUUAAUGUUCUCGAAGGAUCUUUUGGAUUUAAAUUCAAAGAGAGGGGCAAAGUUCUUUUACCAUGCAGGGAAAGUAAUGGAAUACGGUGGAAAACCUAACAUGGCCGAUUUUAUUCCAUGUUUAAAGUGGCUUGAUCCACAAGGCAUCAGGAAAAACAUGCAAUAUCAUGUACGUGAAGCGUUUCGUAUAGCUGGAGGAUUCAUCAAAGAACGAAUGGACGAGCAAGAAGAGAGUGCUGAUAAAAGAAGAAAUGAUUACUUGGAUGUGCUCUUGGAGUAUCGUGGUGAUGGUGUUGAAGGACCCUCUAUGUUCUCUUCUACAACCAUCAAUAUAGUCGUGUUUGAAAUGUUCACUGCAGGAACUGACACGACAACAAGCACAUUAGAAUGGGCAAUGGCCGAACUCCUCCACAAUCCUGUCAUUUACCAAAAGCUAAGAACUGAAUUGAGAAGCACCAUUCCCCUAAAUGAAAAUCUUGAAGAAAAGCACAUCGAUAAUAUGCCUUACCUCAAAGCUGUGAUUAAGGAGACAUUAAGGCUUCACCCCACCCCUCCCAUUCUUAGUCCCGCACAUGGCCAUGCAAUCAUGCCAGAUGCUAGGUUCAAGCCAGAAAGAUUCUUGGAUCAUGACAAGUUUGUGGACUACAAGGGACAACAUUUUAAAUUCAUACCAUUUGGUUCAGGUCGAAGGAUGUGUCCCGCCGUACCGCUUGCCUCAAGGGUCCUCCCAAUGGCUUUGGGUUCCAUUUUGCAUAAGUUUGAUUGGAUUUUGGGUGAUGGGAUUAAGGCGCAUGAGAUGGACAUGAGCGAAAGAAUGGGGAUAACUCUUAGGAAAUCUAUUCCCUUAAAGGCAAUACCCAUACCAUGCAAUGGAUUUAUAUGA